AACAGGACAAGGAUUUUCAAGGAUGCCGGGAUACAAGUGGACUUUAUUUGGGCCCCAUUUGUUGGCGAUUAUUGGAUGAGCUUGUUAAGGUACUUGCAAUCGAAUCCAUUGGACAGCGUGGACUUGAUUGUGGCCGGGGCAGCAUUGUGGACGAUCCGAAGGGACCCAUCACUGGAGGGACUAGACCAGUACCAAGCCGACACGGAAUCUGUGCUUCGCCUGCUGUCAUCCAUUGUGCGCGAAUCAGAUACCAACUUGGUGUGGGUACAGCAAGCAUAUAUCAAUGAAAGAGUGCGGACAAUAAGAAGGAGCAACUUCACCAACCAACGUAUUCGAAUCUACAACGAUGCUGUUGAUAGUAUCUGGCAGCGCUUCAGAACUCCCGGCAUGUUUAUGUUCAGUCCUAGUGAUGUUCCAUUGAUCAGAGACGGCGUGCAUUACACUCAAGAUGCUAAUUACAAAACUGCCCAAGGCAUCCUGAACGUCCACUGUAACUCACGGCUACCGGUAACUGACAGAAAGACCUGUUGCCAAGGGUUACUUCACUCAAUCACUGCUCCACAGGUUGUGCUACUGAUUAUAUUUGUAUGCAGUGCCGUCAUAACGUUCUGGGGAGUCUGGUGCAGGCACAGCUGGUCGCAUUCUCUCUUCCGAUCACUGAGCCAAACUUCUAUCCGUGAUACAGGCAACACAGGUCUACAGCGGAGUACCAUAUCACCUGUUGUGAUGACCUGCCAGUGCAUCACAUUGCUUGGAAUAGUGCUUCUGUACACCUACUUAGCUGACAGGACACCGGUAUUCACGAAAGAGGAGAAACAUUUCAACUGGACAUCAUUCACUGUUCCAUUGACAAUUUUAGGAAUUCUUGGUUUUGUGACGUAUCAACCAGUCAAAGAUGCUUCUGUUCUAAACCGUCAGCAAACCUGUGAAACACGAGGAUGGAUGCAGCUAGUAUUGCUGGUGUAUCAUUACACAGGUGCUAGCAAGGUCCUUGGUCUGUACUAUGUAGUUCGACUGAUUGUAGCAAUGUACAUCUUCCUAAGUGCCUUUGGACAUUACACGUAUGGUUUGAAGCGUGGAGCAAGCAGUUGGUCUCGUGUAGCUGAGGUCCUGUUCCGUCUAAAUCUCUACACCGUUCUACUAUGCUUGACGAUGGAUGUACCGUAUCUUCACUACUAUUUUGUACCACUGAUCUCAGCAUGUUACUUACUAGUACUACUGGUUGCUGCCAUACCUCCAGUUGCAUGGGAUCAGAGUAAGUCGCCAUGGACACAGGUGCUCAAGGCAAUCUGUUUCAUUUCGGUCUUCGCCUUGUAUCGGAUACACCCAGAUAUGUUCAACUGGAUAAUAUCCUUCCCACCUCUCUCCCAACUCUUCCUGGAUGAUGACAACUCCCUACACGAGUGGACAUUUCGUUUUGGACUAGACAUCCUAGCUGUGCCAUCGGGUAUCCUGUGUGCCGUAAUGCUACAUCGAUUCCCACAAAUCAAUGGGUGGAUAUGUUCAAGGAGUAUUAUUAACAACUUGAUGACCAUACUUUCAGCUGUGACAUUGGUAGUGUACUGUGGAAUGAUGGCAACAAACUGUACUAGUAAACCAGAGUGUAAUCUUCUACAUACCUACCUAUCACCAAUCAUGCUGGGAGGAUUUGUUCUGGUGCGUAACACGUCGGAGCCACUGCGCAAGCAUUACAGCCAGUUCUUUGACUGGGUGGGAGUCUACUCACUGGAGCUUUUCAUCGCGCAGUAUCACGUCCUGCUGGCUAACGAUACACGUAGUCUACUUGUCCUGGUUGAGAGUAAUCCAAUUCUCAACAUCUGCAUCGUCACAACCAUCUUUGUACUGGUAUCACACACUGUAGCUGAGUGUACACAAAUGUUGGUCAACGUCAUGAAGGGCCUCGCAGUUGAGAAUGAUUAGCUCUGAACAUAUGCAGUACAAUUUCCGGACAUGUAUUAUCAAGAGUCCAUUACCUAGGGUUUGGAACUCUGGGUACUGUCUGGCUUGCCACAUACCUAGUGCUGGGGUCAACAUUUUUUUUAAAGCAUGGUGGCAGCUGCUGGGCCAUGCCUUGCGGCUACCCCGGAAUGUGCCAGGCAAUCAUGAAUAUAGCGAUGUUGUCAUACAUAGCCCUUGAUGUGAAGGGCUGGUCAGGUACACCUAGCAUCAUCCUGCCUGUCGCACUCAACCAUUAGUGAUCGGGAGAGUUCAUCCACACCCAUGCGGCGACUCCGGAGCACAGAUGACUUGCAAGGCCUCCGUCUGAGCGGUAGCCCAGAACCGGAGCCGAUAUGGACUGAGCUGAUAGCGCAUUUGUGAAAGAACGGACCUAUCUGUAUCAAUGACGCUAACCUUCCCUUGUGCAACAGCGGUAACGCACAUGUACAUUUGCAAUAAUAAUAAAAUCGCACGCCUAUAUUAGUGUUUUAAGUUGUGUUUGCCUGCAAUAUCGCAGUCUAGUUCCGCAACAUGAGCUGCCUGCCUUUCCCAUGCUGCAUCACAUAAUUAUGUGAAGUCCCUCACCCUACCCACAUUCCUCUACGCUAGCAACUGCUUCUCUGCUGGUCUCACCUCACAUCUGUAGGAUUGCCAUGAACAUGUACUCGAGCGAGUGCAGACCGCUUUGCAUUCAAAUCACCGUGUUCAUCCCCAUCGCCACUUGCACAUGCACUGGUCAGGAGUAAUGCACUGACACAAGCUCAUCUACACUUGGUGCUGCCUCCAGGGUAAAUGC